AUGAAGCCGUCUUUAUUUGACAUGCACGUGUUAUCCUACCAAGUGACCCUUUCCUUUGGCAUUGGCAUACAGGUGUUCCCUCUGGCACACGUGUGCAAUGACACAAGUAAGAUGACUUUAAUUAACCCCCAAGGAGUGAAGCUCAAUAUCUACAAGCAAAAAGUGGAGCAGGCAAGUAAGUCCUAUGAAAAGCGCCUGAAUAAAAUUGUUUGGCAAGCAUUAUCUCAAGAGGAAAAAAAAAAAAAGUUAGGUGCAAACAAACCAAUGCGUUACUUAGAAAACAAGGCAGCUUUAAACAAGGCAUUAGAACGGUUGAAUUGGCCCAUUUCAUCGAAGGAGCUGUCAGUGCUGGAGAAUGAAAUCCUAGCUGGCAGAAUGUACGUGCAGCAGGCCAUGGAGCUCCAGGAGGCUGCCAAGAAGGAGAGUCAUGUGAGCAGCGCCCUUGAAGAGCAGCAGAAAAUUCAAGGAACUCCAACAAAGAAAAACAAAUCCAAAAAAUUGGAUCCACUCAAAGGCCAGAAGGUUAUUGCAAGAUGUGAUGAAAAUGGCUUUUAUUUUCCAGGGCUUGUGAAGAAGUGUGUGAGCCCCACCCACGUGCUCGUGGGCUUCAGGUACGGAGACACCAAGGUCGUGCCCGUCUCGUUCAUCACACCUGUGGGGGGCGCCAGGCCCUGCCCACCGCUCCGGGUUGGAGAUUAUGUGUUUGCCAAAAUGGUGAUACCCCGAGGAUGUGACUUCUAUGUCCCCGCCAUCGUCAUAGCAGUUCCAAACCAAGAUGUGGCUGAAGAUAAAGUCUACACAGUCUUAAAAUGUAACAACCGGAGAGAAUUUUGCCCUCGGAGUGCACUUAUUAAGAUCAGCCAAAACAAAUAUGCUCUCUCUUGCGCUCAUAUUAAGUCUCCCCCAAUUCAGGAGGAUUCAAAAGUGGAAGACAUGGGGAUAAAGAACUCUACUCCCCUAAUAUGGCCAAUCAAAGGAGUUAACCCCGGGGAUUUACAAGCACUAAGACAGGAGAACCCUAGAAGGAAGAAAAAGAAAGCCACCAAGAGGCUACCUCUCCAGGAGAUGGUCUCCUCGGACUCAGAUGACUCUUCCCGUGGAAACAGGUCCCGAGAGUCCUACCCCCAAACACACCCCAAGCCCAGGCUGGGAGAGGACAACAUCAUUUCUCUCAGGAACACCCUGAAAGGUCUCUCCAGGAUAGUGCACGUGAGAUCACUCCCCAGUUUCCGGGCCAGUUUAGGCCCCAAGACGGCAAAAACUCUAACACCCUUAAGUAACGCUGACAUCCACUUCCCCAGAGAAGGUCCUCGGCCUGGGGUCUAGGAGUCAGCCAGCCACGCCAUCGCUGCCACACCUCCACCUCGAGCAGCCCUGCCCUGCCCUUAUAAAGCCCCCCACGGCAGCAAAGGGCUGAGGAGCAUCGCUGAGAAACCUGAAAGUAGUCAAGUGGCAACCAUGUGUAAGAGAACCAGCGUUCCUCCUGGGCUGCCCUCAGCCACCCGGCAUUGUGGAACUAGCCCCUCUGCUGAGCCAGCAUGGAAUAACAGGAACUGGAUUUCCACCCCCACCCCCACCCCCCACCUGAACCGGCUAAAACACCUGAUAAAAUGUAUGUAACAACAGUUUCCAAAACAUUGGACAGAAGCAUUGAUCUCUGAGAAACAAAAGAAGUGAGCCCUGUGAGUGCCCAACUCACUGUCUAGAGACAGUUUCCAGGCUGCAGCAAAUGGAGGGGAUGCAUUACCACCUAUCCUUCAUGUGCAUCUGUAUGCAUUGCCUCAGGUAAUUUGCCUAUUUGAUUUUCACUGAAUAAAUCUGCACUUUUAGUGUGUGACAGAAGAAGUAAUAAAAGGGAUUCAGUCUGUUAAAAAUAAUAGCUAUAUAUCCAGAUGUUAUAGCCUACCCUAUUGGCCUGGACCAUAAGCCAGGAGCAGAGGCGUCAGGAUGGAGUGAUGGGUAGCCACACAGAACUAUGUGGAAUGCAUACAGGGUGAUAAGCUCUUACCAGAAGAAAGGGAACAGAUGGUUCAAGAAGAGACCGGAUGACCACUUGAAUGAUGUAAAAAAGAUUUCAUGCAUCAAGUGGCAGAAUCACCAACAUUACCUCUAAGUUCCUUUCAACUUCAGGAAUCUAUGGAUCAAUAACCUAGUCCAUUACCAACUCAGAGCAGUUCAACAUAGAUGAAAAACCAUCCUUAUAAAAGGGAGGAGGAGUUGUAGCAAACACAAUUAGAUAAGAAAAAUUAAUUAGGGGAAUAGAAUUGAAAAAGAAGUAAAAUUUUAUUUGCACAUGAUAAGAGAAUAUACCUGAAAAACCUGAGAGAAUAAAUAUUAAUACUAGUUGAAACAAAGAAAUAAUUCA